UCCUCCUCCGCUAUCGCAAACCCCGCAACCAAAUGCUCGGAAGAACAAGAGUCUUUUCCCUCGCCCUCGAUCUCUUUCAUUCUCCUCUUCGCUUGUCCUCCAAGCCUAACCUCGAAACCCUCAGAACCCUAGCCAGAAAAUCCCGUCAAAUCCCCAAAUCCAACGCCUUAAUCGACUCCUCCUGCCGCUUCGGCGAUCGCCGGAUCCCCGCUGUAGAUCGGCGUUCCAGGUACGAUCCCAAUCCCGUUCCAAUGCGGGAAGAACCCUCGAAUCCCGACGUCGAAUCGAUCUGUUCCUUGCUAUCAGAACCCGCUAAUCGAUCCAAAGAUCUGGACUUUCUGCUAAAAGACUUCAAGCAGAAGCUCAGCUCCGGUCUCGUCUUGGAAAUUUUGAGGAAGUAUCGUACAUUGGGGAAGUCCAAGACCCUAGAGUUCUUCUCCUGGGCCGGAUUCCAGCUAGGAUUCCGAUUUGAUGAUCCUGUGGUGGAUUACAUGGCCGACUUCCUUGGCCGAAGGAAGCUCUUUGAUGAUCUCAAAUGGCUUCUCAAGACGGUUUCAUCCACUAAAGGCCGAGUUUCAACUCAAACGAUCUCGAUUUAUAUCAGGUUUCUAGGGAGAAAGGGGAGGGUUGUCGAGGCGCUUGCGCUGUUCGAGACCAUGGAAUCGGAGUUCAAUUGCUCUCCCGACAAUCUAGUCUUCAAUAAUGUGCUCUAUGUGCUCUGCAGGAAAGAUUCAUCUGGAGGCUUUAUUGAUGCUGCUGUUGCGAUCUUUCGAAGAAUUGGGCAUCCUGAUGCGUACUCAUAUAGUAAUUUAAUUGUCGGCCUUUGUAGGUUUGGGAGGUUCGCGAAUGCCCUCGAGGUUUUCCGUCAGAUGAGUUUGGCUCAUUUGGCUCCUACAAGAAGUGCAGCUAAUAUUCUUAUCGGGCAAUUGUGUGGGCUUGGUGGUAGGAAUCAGUUGAUCGAGAAGGUUAAGGUUAAGGAUUGGCGUAGGCCAUUUGACAUUUUGGUUCCCAAUAUGCGGGUGAAGAGUGGUAUAGAAACCACAGUCGAGGUUUUCUGGGCAAUUGCCAAGUUGGGUUUGUUGCCAAGCUCACAUGUUGUGAAUGGGCUUAUUUCAGAGCUUUGUCGAUUGGGAAACAUUGAGGAAGCAAUUGAAAUUUUGAAGAUGGCUGAGAAUAUGAAGAUGAGAUCCCUUGAUGAGAGUUACACAAUUGUGAUAAGAGUUCUUUGUGGGCUACGUAGGAUGGAUGAAGCUUGUAAUUUGUUUGGAACGAUGAUAUUUCUAGGACUGAAGCCAAAGCUUAUUGUCUACAAUUCAAUAAUUCACUCAUUUUGUAAGUUGGGGAAUGUAGCUGAAGCACAAGAGUACUUUGAGAUUAUGAAUAAGAGGAGGUGCGAACCAGAUUGUGCAAUAUAUACCAUGUUAAUUCAUGCAAACUGUGCAAAUGGGAAAUGGGAGGCAGCCUAUGAAUUGUUGAUGGAGAUGGUAGGAUUGGGAUGGAACCCGCAUUUUGGUACUUAUAAUUUGGUGAAUGGUCUUCUGAAAGAAUAUGGAAGGCUUGAUUUGUCACAGAAGUUAGAACGAAAAAUGGAAGUUGAGAACUUACAUGCUUAUUGUAAAGCAGGUAGACUAGAAGCUGCCUACGAUAAGUUAAGUUCAAUGCUUGCAAAGGGGUUUUAUCCACCGGUCUAUGUUAGGGAUGCACUUGAGCAGGCAUUUCGGAGAUCUGGCAAGUGGAAGAUAGCACAGGAACUUCUCGAAAAAUUGGAUCAAACUGUCAGCAAGAACAGUACUCAAGGUUGAAAGCUUUUGGCAUGAGCAAUCGUAGGUUCCAAUAAUUCUCCAAAAUACUGGCAGCACAACAAUUUACGAAUGAGCAAGUUGGUUAAACUGGAGCUUGGUCAGUCUAAUCAUUGUACUGUGGUCUUUAUCUAAUCAAGUACCUUUUUCUACCUUUUUAUCGUCCACCCAAAGUGGAUAUAUGGCCCCGGCUUCUCGGAUUGCAGCGGAGAAAGUUAAAACAGCACUUGAACAGAAGCUUGAAGCCGUUCUGAGAGAGCACCAUGGCUAUCCAGGGCCUUGUGGAUUGGAGGGGAAAUCCUGUUAAAAAAAAGAGGCAUGGUGGAGUCAGAACUUCAUAUUUCAUCAACUUCAUGGUGAUGACGGUAAACAUAGCCAUCGUGGCCAACAUGCUGAACUUGGUUAACUACCUACGUGGCACCAUGCAUAUGGGCAUUUCAAGCUCUUCAACGACGGUCACAAACUUCAUCGGCGCCUCAUGCGGAUUUGCUCUUUUAGGAGCUUUUCUUUCCGAUUCAUACAUCACACGAUUUAAAACCAUAAUCAUAUUCGGCCCUGUGGAAUUCUUGGGUUAUGCAUUGCUAGCAUUGCAAGCACGCCUCCCAUCGCUCCAUCCACCAGUCUGUGAGAUCAAUAGACAACAGAAUUGUGAGCAAGUUCAUGGCUUCAACUCUGCCCUGCUUUUCAUUGCUCUGUACACAAUUGCUUUCGGUGAGGGCUGCGUACGUGCUGCCUUACCAUCUUUGGGGGGAGAUCAAUUCGACGAUGAGGACCCAGUUGAGUCACAACUCAAGGCCAGCUUUUUCAACUGGUUCACCUUUGGAAUUUCAUUAGGAGGUUUCAUAGGCCUUACACUUUUGGUGUGGAUUGAAAACAAGAAGGGAUGGGAUAUUGGUUUUGGUGUCUCUGCACUUGCAGUUCUCCUAGGAGUGCUGGCGGUAGCCAGUGGUGUCUCUUUCUAUCGCAUUCAGAUACCAAAAGGAAGUCCUCUGACUCGAAUAAUGCAGGUUUUUGUUGCUGCAUUCAAAAAGCGAAAGCUUGUGUUGCCGGAAAAUUUAGACCAAUUGCAACAUAAUUCUAAGGAUAUUGAAGUCCUUCCUCACACAAAGGGUUUCGAAUUCCUCGAUAAAGCUUCAAUUAAUCAUGGAGACACAGGAACUUGGUCCUGCACUGUAACACAAGUGGAGGAGACGAAAAUUGUACUUCGGAUGCUUCCCAUCUUAAUCAGCUCUGUGCUUGGUUACAUACCUUCACCCCUCCUCUUGACACUCACUGUCCAGCAAGGCAGCACAAUGAACACAAGGCUUGGGAAGAUCCACAUCUCCCCUGCAUCUCUCUUUGUAAUUCCAUUGAUCUUUCAGAUGGUGAUCCUGGUAAUCUAUGAUCAAUUCAUCGUGCCCUUCGCACGAAGGAUCACAGGCUAUAUAGGCGGCAUUACUAACUUGCAACGUGUGGGCAUUGGUUUUGCUGCUAUGUCAUUAGCAACAUGCGUGGCAGCAUUGGUGGAAUGGAAAAGAAAAAACAUAGUAGAAGAGCAUGGGCUAGAGGACUUUGAAACUGGUGUCCCCAUGUCUGUAUUCUGGCUAGGAGUGCAGUUCUUUCUUCUGGGCAUUGUUGAUGUAACUUCAUUUGUUGGAUUACUGGAAUUCUUUAAUGGUGAAGCUUCAAGAGGAAUGAAAUCAAUAGGAACAGCCAUAUUCUGGUGUGUACUUGGGUUAGCAUCCCUGUUGGGAACUUUCCUGGUUGACAUGGUGAACAAAGCUACUAGACAUGGUGACAGUGGAAGGGGGUGGUUAGGGGGAGCCAACUUGAACAAGAGCCACCUUGAUAGGUUUUACUGGUUACUUACAGUCCUCGAACUGGUGGCUCUCUUGAAUUAUUUGUACUGGGCAAAGAGGUAUGUCUAUAGGCAUGAUCCCCGUGUUCCUCAACAGCUGACUGAAAUAUAUGAUAAGGUUUCCUCCCAAACAGGGGAGGUGGCUGCAAUUUAAUCACAUCUCUGCAUAUUGUCGGCACAUGGAAGAGUCGUCAUCUUCCAGAGUAACUAGAAGUUUACAACAUCAGAGUACGACUAUUACUGAAAGCACAAAUGAUGUCAAUAUAUCAGUAGGAAGACUGUUUGUUAUAAUAUAAAAUAUGUUGAAGAAUUAAAGGAUUGAGUGGUAAUUGAAUGGUCUGCUAGUAGCAGGGAUUGCAGGUUGAUCUCUUCCUGUCUCAUAAGUGAGCGAUAGUGGUUAAAGAUGCAUAUGCUACAAAAGUAAAGUUUAGGAUGGUGACAUGUCUUAUAAAGUAUCAUCUGAUGUAACUACGAGGGGGGGGUAUCAUCAUUACUCAUUUUGUUACCUAACCUUUGCUUGCUCAAGUCUCCUAAGUCUGUAAAAUAAUCAACCAUGCGAAGCUCAUGACUAUGAUUAUUCUUGACUUACAUGAAUGGAUUCUACUCUAGAUGAUGUA